CCACAUAUAUUUUCGACUUCUCGUCUUGCCCCAACCUCUUUCUAUCUGACUGACUAUGAAGGAGGACCGUGGGCUUCCAAAACCCUAGAAAUCAGUUAAUUAUGGCGUUUAUAAGCACCUUGUAUCAAGAAUAGUUGGCCUGAAAAUUAAGAAUCAAAACCUUUGGAUGAUGAUGGAUGUACUCUGUUUACCAAUUUCACCAGGUCAAUUAUGGUGGCCCUCUGAGAUGUUCUGACAACAUUUUCCGAGAACCCUUGCAUUUUCAUGCUUCAGUUUUACAGAUCAUGAUGGUAGAUCGCUAUUGGAUUGCCUUCUUUGCUGUCUUUGUGUAUCUUGUUAGAGUUUUUGAAGCUAGUGUCGGUGAUGCAGAUCCACUUUACAGGGCUUGUGUAGAACAAUGUGAAAAGACUGGAUGUGUCGGGGAAAGAUGCUUUCCACACUGCAAAUUCCCUUCAGAUGGUGCAGUUGUUGAUGGUCCAUGGUAUCUGCAAGAACCUCUUUAUUUGCGGUGGAAACAAUGGGAUUGUCAGAGUGAUUGUCGUUACUAUUGCAUGCUUGACAGAGAGAAAGAAAGAGAAGCACUUGGUAAUGGGCCUGUCAAGUAUCACGGUAAAUGGCCCUUCAAACGCGUGUAUGGGAUUCAGGAGCCUGCUUCUGUAGCCCUCUCUGCUCUCAACCUUGCAAUGCAGUUCCAUGGUUGGCUGUCCUUCUUCAUUCUUCUGAACUACAAGUUGCCACUGAAGCCAAAUAAGAAGGCAUACUAUGAAUAUACCUGUUUGUGGCAUAUAUAUGGACUCUUAUCAAUGAACUCCUGGUUCUGGAGUGCUGUAUUCCAUAGUCGAGAUGUGGAUUUGACUGAGAAGCUGGACUACUCAUCUGCAGUGGCAUUACUUGGGUUCUCACUCAUUCUUGCCAUACUAAGAUGCUUCAAUGUCAGGGUUGAGGCUGCCAGAGUCAUGGUUUCUGCUCCGCUGCUAGCUUUUGUGACCACCCAUAUAUUGUACCUCAACUUCUAUAAAUUUGACUAUGGGUGGAACAUGAAAGUGUGUGUUGUCAUGGGUGUUGCUCAACUUCUCAUUUGGGCGAUAUGGGCUGGUGUCACUCGUCAUCCUUCUCGCUGGAAGUUGUGGACAGUGGUUGUGGGAGGUGGUCUUGCAAUGCUCCUGGAGAUCUAUGAUUUCCCUCCAUAUGAAGGAUUUGUUGAUGCUCAUGCUCUUUGGCAUGCUACCACUAUCCCCCUCACCUAUAUCUGGUGGAGUUUCAUCAAGGAUGAUGCUGAGUUCCAGACUGCUAACCUCCUGAAAAAGGUAAAGUAGAACAUUUCAACUCUGGUCUGUGAACUUUGUAAUGGCUUGACCAACAGGAUAAGUCUGCUUCACCAUUACCUCAACAGACAAUAUAUUCUUUUCUUCAUUAUUUAUUUCCCUUGCAAAAGGGGAGGGCGCUUGGUUUGAAAUUUCAGUUGGGUAAACGGGUUUUAUAUACAUGUUCGAACAGGAUAGUAUAUUGGAAUGGGAAGUUCCAGAAGAGCAUUGAUUUUAUUUCUUUUGCA